AUGUUCACUAUUAUCAUGUUGGUGACUACUUUCAUCACCAUUUCGUCAGUCAUGGGACAAAUUUCCAUGCCUGUUCUCUCUGACCCGGCUUUUCAUACAGCUCCAGCAGAAGAGGUACUCCAACGUCAAUUGGCUUCAUGGGGUGUCAAACUUGGUCUCACUGCAACUAUAGAUACUCGUCCGCUUAUAGAUACGAUCACAAGUACCUCGGGGAACAGGGAUGCUUGGCAGAGAGAAGUGGGACUUGAGAAAAGAGAGUUGAGAUCGAGGAAAAAGUCUAAGAGUGAGAAAGAGAAAGAGAAAGAGAAAGAAGAGAAGAAGGAGAAAGCGAAAGAGAAAGCAGAGGAGAAAGCCAAGCAAAAAGAAGAGCAGAAGGAAAAGGAAAAGGAACAAGCCGAGGAACAGGAGAAAGAAGUUGAAACCGCACCUAAGAAGAUGGGAAGUCCUUUCGGUGGUUCACACGGAUUCGGAUCUCCUGGAGGUAAAGCUUGGAAGAGAAACGCUGAAACGGUGAGGAAAAGAGAAAUGGCUCGUCACUUGGAGAGAAAAGAAAAGGAUAAGCAACCUGUCUCUGUCAGAAGUCCACCAUUGCCACCGUAUCGUUGGACAGAUCGACCCCUCGGCGUACCCGGAUUUCCGCGUUACCCUGGUGCAGCAGCGUGGAAAAAGAAUGAAGAUAUGGAAGAAAGAGAUAUGGUGACGGAUUUGUGGGAAAAGGAAUCUCAACAUGAUGAUGAUUACCAGUUGGAUAGACAAUCGGACAAAAUAAAAUUUCCUAGAUGGGGAGGCGGUAAAGGUUUCGGUGGUUAUGGUGCGGGCAGACCAAUACCGUGGAAAAGGAACAGAGGUGUGGAAAGGGAUAAUCUCGUUGGAGGGUCGCAACAUAGUUUGAACACUCAAGAUCGAUCUGAUACGGAUGAGAACGAGGACGAAGGAAUGGUAGAAAGUUUGCUCAAAGCUACUGGAUUGGAUAUGGGGAUAAGUGUUGGUGGAUCGGGAUGGGGAGCGGCUGAAGCUGUCGCUAAAGGUGAUGCCGGAGAUACUGAGUGGUACACUUACAUUUCCAUCGGUACACCACCACAAUCCCUUCCAGUUCUUCCAGAUACAGGUUCUUCCGAUCUUUUCCUCUUUGGUCCCACAUGUUACACCUGUUCACCACAAAAUCAUACAAUUUUCGAUCCAUCGCAAUCAUCAACAUUCAUAAACGAUUCAUACACAUGGGAUUUCGGUUAUGCCGAUGGAUCAGGUGUUUUCGGUUAUACAGCUUUUGAUCAAUUAUCAUUAGGUACAGAAACAUCUUCCUCAUUUCCUUCCAUCUCUCUCGGUUCAACAGAAAUCAAUACUGAAAUCGGUACCAUCUUGAAUUCCAAUUUGACUUUUGCGAUAGCGGAAUUUGUUUCAGGUAAUGGAUUUUCAAAAACCGUCAAAUCUGGUAUAAUGGGUUUAGGUCAAGAUGGAUUAUCGACAAUACCUAUUUCUUCGAAUGAAUCAGGAGGAAGAACUUUAUUUUCAAGAUUAGUUAAAAAUAAUCAAUUACCGGAAUCUGUUUUAGGUAUAAGAUUAGUAAAAGGAAAAAGUAAUCAAGGUGUUGUUUUACAUGAAGGUAGUGGUUCUUAUGUUUUCGGUGGGAUCGAAGAUGGUUAUAUUAUUGGAGGAAGAAAUGGUUUAACUUGGACAUCAGUUACAAGUUUAAAUUAUUGGGGUAUAACUUUGGAUGAUAUUUCAACAGGAACAAAUUCAGUCUUGGUGAAUGAUAAUAUAACUCCUAGAAGAGCUAUUAUCGAUACUGGUACGACUUUAAUCAUCACCUCAACUCAAGUUGCUACGACGAUUCAUGGUGAUAUAGGAGGUUCCUUUCAAGAUGAUAAAAGUGGGAUUUGGUAUGUUCCUUGUACGGUAUCGUAUCCUUCUGAACAAAACGUUUUCUUUACUAUAGCCGGAAGAAGGUUUGGUGUACCGAUCGAAGAUAUAGCUUGGAAAGUUAGUUCGACUUAUGAUGGACAGUGUAUUUCUGGAAUACAGGGCGGAAUGUCAAGUUUCACCGUUCUCGGAGACAUGUUCAUCAAAAAUCAUUAUCUCGUCUUAUCCUAUGGUUCCGAACGUAUGGACAACAUCAGUGUCGGUUUAGGAGACAGGACUGAUUUGAUGGAUAUUCUUUGA